AACAAAACAAAGAUCAGCUGACGCUUGUGCGACGCAGUAUACAAAGUAAAAAGGAAGUUACUCUAUUUUUAACGAGGAUCGAGGCCAUUUUUAACAUGAACGCGACAGUAUGAGAUAUUAGUCUGCAGGAGGUCAUCUAAUGUAUCAUCAGUAUAUCAAAAGGCACAUUAUGUCGUCAACCAUGUCUGGGGAGAGCGGACGGAGUUCCAAGACAUCAGUGGGCCAACAGGUUCGGCCUGAACCUGUGGUGGAAAAGACAUUUGUGGAGAAUGUAGCCGGAUUUAUUAAUGAGGUGGCGCCACAGACAUAUAGCAACCCAUCUCAUUAUGAAGGCAAAGAGACAAUAUCAUGGGUGCGAUUUGAUCAUUGUGACAUCAAUGAUCUUGCUCAGUUUCGAGACAAGAUCGAAGUCAAUGGCAAUUCUCCGCCGCUCUUGCUCAUCAUAGGAUAUGUGUGUGGUGUACAGGCAUGGGUUAUACCUGUAAAUGGGGAGGCCAUGGAGGUGUUGUCAUGGCGACAAGGAGCUGUGCGCACGCUGAAGGUCUUACCUACCCCAACCACAUCUUGCAGUACAGUUGACCUGUACUCUUUAAAACGCCCAAUAAUAGCACUGUGUGAUACUGCUGGUCCUGGUCCACAGUUCUGCUCAGUUUCGUUUAUUUCUCUAAAAACAGGGGAACAGGUGAAAACAAUUAAGUUCAAGCAUCCAGUGCACGACAUUCAUGCAAAUAAAAAUGUUAUAGUUAUAUCUUUCCCUGAGAAGUUAGCUGUGUUUGAUGCAGCAACUAUAGAGGACAAAUUCACUGUUACUACUUGCUACCCAUGUCCAGGCCCAAGCUUAAACCCCAUAGCACUGGGAGACCGGUGGUUGGCCUAUGCAGAUCGACGCCUGUAUCCACUGCAUCAGUCAUGUGGUGGCAUGGUGCCUGAGGGGGCAACAUCAUACAAGGCUACAGUUUUCCAUGCCGCCAAGUCCUUAACAAAGGGCCUGAAGGAGUUGGGUGAGAGUGUGGCCUCCAAUUUGAUGGGCCAGAGGGGUGCCACUGCAACCCAGCAGUCUCCUCCUACUAACAUGCCCACACCUGGAGUUGUCACUAUCCUUGACACACAGACAGUGGGCUCAGGAGAGAUCAGCCUGCUGAGCAGUGGCACUUCCACUGGGAUUGUUGCCCACUUCUCUGCCCACCAUGGUGCACCUAUAGUAGCUCUGAGCUUCGACCCUACUGGUAUGCUGCUCCUUACAGCUGACAAGCAAGGCCACAACUUUCAUCUCUUCCGUCUUCAGCCCCAUCCACUCUCCUCUGCUCAGUCAGCAAUUCAUCAUCUCUAUACCCUCCAUCGAGGAGAUACAACAGCUAAGGUAAUAGACAUAUCGUUCUCAUUAGAUUCACGGUGGGUUGCUGUAUCCACUCACCGAGGAACUACUCAUGUGUUCCCUAUUACUCCCUAUGGAGGGAACAUUGGAGUACGUACACACAACUCUAGCUGUGUUGUGAACAGGCUGAGCAGAUUCCACCGAAGUGCUGGCCUAGAUGACACACCCUCAUCAGGUCGUAACUCCCCAGUGCUCUCAGCAUCCCCAAGCACUUCCAAAUUUGUCUUUGAACCCAGUCCCAACCUUGCCUAUCCCAACCCACGCUGUCCUCCUUACCCAACGCCAAAUACCAUCAAACCCCUUGUACAGCUUAGACAACCAUUACUGCAGAAUCUGAUUGGUACAAUAUCAUCUGGGCCUUCACCAAGUCGCAGUCCACCAACGAGCAAGUCACCAAGGUCUCCCAGUGGUGAUGAUGUUAUCAAGGUUGCAUCAUUAUUUGGAAGUCCUCGAGGUUGGCUAGCUGGGUCACCUACAGUGCCACGCGAAAAGCAGAGGAGAACGAUGGAUUCGCUUUUUGUCAUGGCCUACCAUGGGAACCUUUUAGAAUACCACCUCGAACCUCAUGCAGCAGCAGGAAUACCUCAGGACAAAGUAACAGAAGAUUCACCUAUUGAACUAGAGGUCCAUGCCAGUGCUCAGUGGGCAUUGGUUCGAGAGUCAACUAGUGGAGAGCUACGACCUCCUUUAGAUCUGACAUCUCCACUACUGGCUCCUCUGUCACCUACGCGACCAAGAUCACUGUCACCAGCUCACUCACUUGAUCAUGACGAUCCCGAAGAAAGGUGGAUGGCUCAGGUGGAAAUCCACACACAUGCUGGGCCACACAGGAGACUCUGGAUGGGCCCUCAGUUCACCUUUAAGUCCAUCCCUGGUGUUGGUGUGGGCUAUGGUGGUGGUUUUGGCCAAAGUGCCUUUGAGGGCCCACCUGUCACCACCUCAUCUGUUGGAAGACCUCCAAGGUCAUCUCCUGUUAACAUGCCUGGAGCUGGAGGUGCCAACGUGCCAGUUCUUAUUGAGGCUGGUUCGCUAACUGGCAGUCAUGAUCAGUCACCAAGACUUAUGGAGCGAUACAGUGGUGACUCGGAAAGCUUUGACCCUGAGACCAUGAUGAACCAGCUGAGGCAUGACCUGGCCGAUGCCAUGAUGGACACGCAGAUCCCUGGGAACAGAGGUGACACAGGAGGCCAAGGAUUACCUUCCUUUUGCCGUCGACUUUGCUCACUAAAGAGCCUUGGUCCACAUCUCCUAGGCACCAUCAUGCUUGGUGAGGAUGGUGCCAUGACUUCCCACGGAGCGGACAGCCAUGAGUCGACCCUGGAUAUGACUGAUGUGAUGGACAUCAGUUGUGAUCCUCCAGGGCCAUCCUCUGUUCGUGCUAUGUCCUCAGCCUCCCCAGCCAUGUCUCGUGUAUCCUCAAGGCCUUCUUCUCAUGUUGGGGAAGAAGUGCAGGCUGUUACCACACGCCUGCAUCAGGUGGCUGUCACACACCCUGAUUCCCUGAGGUCCUCUCCUCUGAAUCAGAGAACAUCCAGUCUUGAGGACAGUAGAGCUUUGACAUCAUCAGCAGAAGAGCUCAGUUCAACACUGGUUUCAAAUUUUAAGGUUGAUGAUCCUUCAGAUUCAGUGUGGGUACCUAUUGACCGCCCUCCUAUGAGGUCAGUCAGCCAAAGUCCAGAAUUCAUUCAGGUGAGAAGAAAACCAGAAGAGCCUGUAGUAAAAAGAACACCCACACCAAAGUCAAGUGGAAAGAUGGUGACCUCAUACACUAAACAGGCAGAUAAUAAGGAAUCAGUCGUCUUUAUCAGUGAGGAUGACCUCUGUAAAAAAGAAAGUAUGUCUUCAUCCUCUAAGUCCUCCUCCUUGCCUGACAAUGAGCCUAGUUCAUUAGGUGACAGCAUGUCCUCCUCAAAGAACUCUGGAAAGUCAGUUGAUGAUGGAAAAUCAUCCAGCAGCUCUUCACUUUCCAGCAGCAAGAAAGGCAGUGUUCAUGUUAAGUCUGAGAAGAAAAUUCCUGAUUUAAUUCAGGAUGAAAAGGAAAAGGAAAAGGAGGAGGAAGAGUUUAGACCAUCAGAGACAGUAACAGCCACCUCUGUAUGGAGUAGGGGAUCUCCAUUUGAUUCGACAGUGGCAACAAAAGCUUCCAGUCCUCCUCAGGAAGAGGAACAGGCCUUAGAGGAAUUCAGAAGUUCAAAAGUUAUGAAAACUUCAGCAACAGAAUCAACAACAACAACAACAACAGAGAUGUCAUGGAAACCAAAAAAUAAAACAAAGAAGCCACCCUCUACCACCACCUCAGAAGAUGACCUGUGGUCAACAACAGAAAGUAAGAAAGAUAAGAAAAAAAAGAAGAAGAAGACCAAGACCACCUCUGAAGAGGAAAGUGAAGCUCCUUUGGAUGUCCAACCUACAUCAGUAGUGACCAGCUCCUUGAAGGAUACUCAAAGAAUCCAAGAUUCUGAGGAAUGGAAGGACACACAAGUGGAACCAAAAGAGGAUAAUACAAAUACUUUCAACACCAAAACUAAUCCAGAUGCCCUGCCUAUGGACAUUGAUAUUGAGGCAGACUAUUUUCAUGCAGCAGAGGAGUAUCAUGAACCCGGUGAGAAAAUGGAUGAAUUUGUAGACUUCAAGAAGGAGUGUUUCCAGGAACCUCAAGCUGAAAAGUAUGAAGAAGCCCAGGACUCAGUUGUGCAAAACUUGGAAGAUUUUGAGUUUACAAAUGAAGAGGAGGCUGUUCCAAAAGAGCAGUCACAGGAAUCCAUGUUAAAAUCUAUGCAUGAUGACAAUGAUCUUGCAAAAGCUCUAGAAGAAGCAUAUUCUUCAGAUGACAACACUCCUGUGCCAACUAAAACAAGGACUCGCACUCAUUCACGAUCACGGCCAAGUCGAGCCUCGGAGAUGUUUCCUUUCAAAGAAGAUACUUCCGAUGAUGAUGAAGAAGUUCGACUGAGGAGACGUGUUGUUGUUUCAGCUACAAUCACAUGCUCAACCAGCCGUUCAUCUGGAGCAGAUGAGACCAGUACAGAUGAACGGGGGGAGACAAGUGAUGACAGAGGAGAAUCCAGUACAGAUGACAGAAGGACUGCCACAAGUGAAAGUGAUGUAGCAGCCAGCCCAAACCCAAGAGCAACAUCCACCUCUAAGAAAAAGAAGAAAAAGAGGCGAUAAAAGGUUUCUUGCCUUAGUAAAAGUGAGAACUUAGAUUUCAUCUUAUGAACAAUUUAGAGAACUUCUCUUGCACAAGAAGUGAUGCUUGUUGUUGAUUUUUCCUUACUUUAAUAUAUAUGCCAAUCUUUAAGAAGCUUUAUAGUGAAAAGGACCAAAUAUUGAAUGUAUGAAUAAUAGCAAAGUGCUUUUGACAUGAACGACUUUAAUAAUCUGGCAGCAGUUGUUGAUGCAUUUUCUUAUUCUAUUUUUCCAAGUAAUUUUAUUGUUUGUGUGAGCAUCACAGAUGUUACAUAACUAUCACAUUUUUGGCUUCUUUAUUUUAAUGCACAUGUUUUGGUGAAAAAGUGUGUAAAUUGAUUACAUAGAGAAAGAAGGAAAAAUGAGAUGAGUGGUUAAGAAUUCAUUCAUUAGAAUUUAGUUGGGCUACGUCAGGAGUUUGCAUAUGCUGCGGAAAUUUAACAGAAUACAAUCAGUUAACAGAGUGAUAUAUCUUGAAAGCUUCCUUUUGGAAGCAUUUUGCUUGUCAGCUGUUUAUUGUAUAGCAAUAAUAAGAAUUACAAUUCUUACAUUUCAAGAGAUUGAGGAAAAAAAAUUAUCAGAUUUUUGGGUUAUGUAGAUUAUAAGCUUACUGGAAAAGGUGGCUAAGAUCAUCACUUGAAUUAUGAUAAUUUUAUAAGCAAACUUGAUAUAACUAAUUUGUGUUAAUUCUGUAGAAACCAGUCUACGAACCUUGAAAUCAGUUUGUAGAAUCUGCUCAGCUGUCUGCAGAUAGCUCUGUUAUAUUCAUCAUUAUAUAUUUAUUUUCUUGCUUAUUUUAUUUAGAUCAGUACUGAGAAUAUGCUGGAGUAGUGUAGAAACAGUGGAUGAUCCAAGGUCAUCUUAUGCUAUGCUAAGAUAGGCAGAUCUCACAAGCAUAAACAUUUUUAAUUGCUUUUUUUCACAAUAUAUAAUCAUUCGGGUGAUUUACAUGCUUGCUGAAUGAUGUGAUUGCGUGUGUCAUGUUGGAAUAGUGAUUAAGUAAGUUAAAGACUUGCUUGCCAGUUCUUGCAUUCAUGGACUGGUCACCUGUGCAAGACCUGGUGAAAAUGUUGGUUGGAGUUCUGGAAGUUGUAAAGAGGCAAAUGAAUGUGGAGUUUUUAGUUGUCAGUUGAGCUGGUGUUGUAGAGUCUUUCUCUGACAUGGUGAUAAUCAUUCAAACUUGAUUAUGUUGUUUUUUUCUUUCUUUCUUCCUUUCUUAGGGUUUGUAUUUUUUGGUUAGUUUUAGUAACAACAGACACUUAGAUUAGUCAGAUUAUACAAAAUAUUUUAUUUAUGUAGUAUUAAGAGACAGUUUGACCUCUUGAUUUGAAAUACAGCAAGUGAUCUUGUUCAACUAGAAAUCAGAUUAUAUGAAACCAGACUUUCUGAAAUCCACCAUCAGUAAGCAUUUAGAAUUUACCCACAUUUCAGAGCAUAGCAGUAUGAGGUAUAAUAUUAAGGCAGAUAUUGUGAAGUGGUAAGUAUUUUUAUGUUGGUAUAGGAAAAAAAAAACCCCACAGCCUUGAUAAUCAUUGUUAUUGUAGUUAGUAUAUUUUUAUUUAGGUGUGUGUGCUGAUAUUAAAUUGUACACAAAGAGCCAUGUUCACUACUUGGAAAACCUUUUUUUUCUUUUCUUUUCUUUUUUUAGGCAGUCAUCUUGUCUGGUUUCUCUUAAAGCUCCUCAGUUUGAUUUAAGUUAUAAUGGAUUUUCUGGUUCAGAGAGAAGUGGACUAUGUGUCUAUGUGACAGAGUAUGAGGAGUGAGAGUGAAGACAAUUUUAAUAGUUUGUAUUUCCUAUGUGUGGAAAAAAGUAACAUAGGGUACAAGUUGGAACAAAUCUGCUUAAUUGUUCAUUUCUGUCUGUCCCUUUUCCUCUUCCUUUUCCCCUUCUUUCCCCACUUCUCAUAUACUUUCUCUCCCUUUCUCCCUUUUUCCCUCUUUUCAUCUUUCUUACUCUCCUUUUGCCAUUCCUU